UUUACCCGCGGUUAUCUCUCUCGCACGCUGCCGAGUGUAUUGGUUUGGUUUGGGUUGCUGACUGGUUGUUUUUGUUAUUGGUUGGGUUCUCGCGGACUAACUGGCUGGCUGGUCCCGUUCUCUGUGUGGUGUCUGUGCAUCGCGCAAAGUGCUACUACGGGGGCCAGUUCAACUUCUCGGGUUGGCUGGUGAGGAUGGUAAUGGUAUUCGUGCAUAGCAGCAGUACAUUAGCAGCAGAGCAACAACAAAAAAGAAAAUAAGCAGAGAGCAGAGAAAAUAAAAAAUAAACUUCGCCAUAUUGAAUUGCGAGAACUUCUGAUAGGUUUAACCUUUUCUCUACCAGAAUAAAGAAUCGGUUCCUGCUUCCCGAAGAUCCGGAGGUGUGCGCGUACUGCAAGUUCGAUAGAAUUUGUGCUAUUUCCGGAAUUAUCCGAAGAAAAUGACAAAGUGAUUGAAUCCAAAUCAAGCGAAGAAGUUGAAAGUGCAAACUGCUGAUCAAGGUUUUGGGUCCAGUCUGUAUCGUGAAAUUUUAUGAACAUCAAGAGGAGAAGAGCAGUGGUUCUGUGUCUGAUAGAAUUUCAUCUUGAGCAAUUGUGACACAAAGAACGUGUCAAGUGCGGUGAAGUGUCUGUGUGCGAUUUAAGCUGGAGCGCUGGGGUUCAGACGGCUCCAAAAUUACUCAAAAACGUCGUUCAACCAGUCGAUCUACGAGAGGGGCAAAAGCAGAACAGCGAAGUGACAUGAAGAGUGCGGACAAGAUGAACCAAGUAGUGUCCAGAAAUAGAUUCGAGAAAACCUACAUCGUUCCAGAAGAUGAAAUUUCCAAGAAACUACCCAAAGAGAUACUGCUACGGAUCUUAUCCUAUCUUGACGUAACCUCGCUAUGUCGGUGCGGUCAGGUAUCCCGAUAUUGGAAUAUCCUAGCACUGGAUGGUUCAAAUUGGCAGAAAAUCAAUCUGUUCGAUUUUCAGAGAGACAUUGAGGGUACGGUGAUCGAAAACAUUUCGCUUCGAUGCGGUGGUUUCCUUAAAUAUCUCUGCCUCCGUGGCUGCCAGUCCGUGGGUAGCCAAUCGAUUCGAACCCUUGCUCAACACUGCCAUAACAUUGAACAUCUGGACCUGGCCGAGUGCAAGAAGAUCACCGACGUCGCCAUACAACCGCUCAGCAAAAAUUGCAGUAAACUCACCGCCAUCAAUCUCGAGUCCUGCUCGCAGAUCACCGAUUGCAGCCUGAAAGCACUGUCCGACGGAUGUCCGAAUCUUACAGAGAUUAACGUUUCCUGGUGUAAUCUGAUAACGGAAAACGGGGUAGAGGCAAUAGCUAGGGGUUGUAACAAAAUUAAAAAGUUUAGCAGUAAAGGUUGCAAACAAGUAAAUGAUAGAGCCGUCAUCGCACUAGCACUGUUUUGUCCUAACAUAGAGGUUCUAAAUCUGCACAGUUGUGAUACUAUAACGGACGCAUCGGUGUCGAAGAUAGCGAAAAAGUGCAUCAAUCUGCGGCAGCUGUGUGUGUCCAAAUGUUGUGAGCUUACCGAUCAUACGCUAAUAGCAUUAGCGACCUACAACCACUAUCUGAACACUUUGGAAGUUGCCGGUUGUACUCAGUUUACCGAUUCGGGGUUUAUUGCGUUAGCAAAGAACUGCAAAUAUCUGGAACGGAUGGAUCUGGAAGAGUGUAGCCUAAUAACCGAUGCCACACUAUCGAACCUAGCAGUGGGAUGUCCUAGUUUAGAAAAAUUGACCCUAUCACACUGCGAACUAAUAACUGACGAAGGCAUCCGGCAGCUGGCUGCCGGUGGUUGCGCUGCAGAAAGUCUAUCCGUCCUGGAACUGGACAACUGUCCACUGAUCACCGAUGCGACGCUCGAACACCUAAUAUCCUGUCACAACCUGCAGCGGAUAGAGCUCUACGACUGCCAACUAAUAUCUAGGAAUGCUAUCCGUCGACUGAGGAAUCACUUACCAAAUAUCAAAGUACACGCAUACUUUGCCCCAGUGACACCGCCACCGACCUCUAACGGACCACGACCACGGUAUUGUCGAUGUUGUGAGAUUCUCUGAGAUCAGGCGAUUGGCUUAGCCAGAAAAGUUCUCUGUAGAAGUAGAGAUGACUGAUAUUUAUACUUAUAAUUCUUAACUAAGCAAAGAACGGAAGUAUGAACCUUGGCAACAUGAAGAAACUCACGAAAACAACAAGGUAAUAAUAAGUACAGCGCUAAUAAAAACAAAUAAUAUCCUACAUUAUCUAGGAUAUGAAUAAUGUAAAACUGAACGAUAAUAAUCUAUUCUAAUCAUCACCAUAAUCAUUAUUGCUGUAUAUUGAUACUACAUCAUCAUCAUAUAGAGCAUCAACACACAGUAUCAACCAACAACUAGGUGAGAACGCAUUCAGAGAGUAAGCCCCAACCCGAUAGCAAACGAUUCCUUUCAUAAACACACCCAAACAAACAAGGAAAAUAUCAACCAGUGCAAACAAGCCAGGCU